GGAACGUAAGACCCGACAGAACUACGCGGUGGACCAACUUCACCAUCACCUAACGAAUAAUACCGACCUUACGAAAUUUUACAACAGUAAUGGAGCUCAAUUAUCAGUCAAUGAAAGUCGCCCACCAGGCCCGAGAGGCGGAUGAGCAGAGGACUGAGAUGAGGAAGAAAAGUCUCCUCAUCCUCAUCUAUCACCACCUGCUGGGGCAAGGCUAUGUAGCUGCAGCAGUGGCCUUGGAUCAAGAGACAAAUGGAGGUGUGAGGAGGUUCGAGGUUAGCGAUAACAUCGAUCUGGAGAUGGUGUUGAUGGAGUAUGAGAGCUACCACUACGUCAAAUUCCAGAAGUAUCCCAAACUUAUCAGAAGAAUAGCAGAAGCAGGUGAAAGAAAAUAUCCAACACGUAGUGCAACUAAGAGGAGUCCCCGUUCAGCUGUGAAACCUCUCCCAGAAAUCAACCCUUCCCGGAACACAAACACAGGAACUGGAGCAAAGAAGCCAGCCACUAGUGAGAAUGGGACCUAUCUUGCUCCACAGUCAUCGGACUUUGGUCUCAGCGUAUCCUCCAUCAAAAAUGGACCAGCUGGAGAGUGUGCCACAAACAGGAAGAUGACUGAUGCCAAAGGUGCAAUCCAGGAUGCUGUCAGAGUAGCUGGGAUUGAUUCAGACCAUAUGGAACGCCUACUGAAGCCACUGAGUGGCUUUUCUGGAAUGAGUGGUGAGAUGAGGGAACUAGCUACGAUCAUCAGCAGGGACAUCUAUUUGCACAGCCCCAAUGUGCGAUGGGAGGACAUCAUCGGUCUGGAGGAUGUUCUAUUUGAGCUGGCCAGGUACCACGCUCCAUCUACCAUCUUCCUGGAUGAGCUUGAGUCAGUGAUGGGCCAGAGAGGAAGCAGUAUGGGGGGCGAGCACGAGGGGAGUCGCAGGAUGAAGACCGAGUUACUGGUUCAGAUGGAUGGACUAGCCAGAUCAGAUGACCUGGUUUUUGUACUUGCUGCCUCCAACCUACCUUGGGAACUGGACCAUGCAAUGCUGAGGAGGUUAGAGAAGCGGAUUCUAGUGAGUCUUCCCUCUUCACCAGCUCGCCAAGCCAUGAUUUCUCAUUGGCUGCCUCCUCUCAGCUGCACAGGAGGGGUGGAGCUACGCACUGUGCUAGACUACGAAGCACUGGCAAAAGAGAUGGAGGGCUACUCUGGCUCAGAUAUAAGAUUGGCAUGUAAGGAAGCUGCCAUGAGACCAGUUCGAAAGAUCUUUGAUGCUCUGGAGUCACAUCAGGAUGAUGACACAGACAUGCCUGCCAUCCAACUGGAAACUGUAACAACAGCUGAUUUCCUGAAUGUGAUUGAACACACCAAACCCUCAGCGCGAAACCUGAUGGACAGAUACACAGCCUGGGAGAGAGAGUACCAAUCUGUCUGACACUAGUACACAUAACAUGAAUGUAAAGACUUUCAUACUAACGCCACUAAAAGUGAUGAUAACUUGUUUUUACUGUUACAAAUUUAUAUCCUGCACUAUACUAAUAAUUUACACUAAUGACUAUAUAUUAGCGUAAAAUGUUUCCUAUACUUUGGAUAUUUGUGACAAGCUACUGCAGGUUGGAACAGUGUACAUUUUAAUAACUGUGGAGCUUUGAAAAACUCUUUUUGACAUGGAGAAAAUAUUUGUUCAUUGAUCAUUUGUUUUCUUUUUUAUUAUUUGAAAACAAAAAGUAUACAACCUAAAACCAUAAAACUUUGGUGACUGGUA